AUGGGCUCCGUACUGCCCGCCGAAACUUUGUCCCUCAAGUCUGGAUUUAAGUGUCCGGCCCGGGCUGCGCUGUCGGACGUCAUCACUUCGGACGUCCUGCACAGCUUCCUGUACGGCCGCUGGAGGAACGUCCUGCAGGGCGCCGAGCACCUGCAUGCAGAGGAGCGCCACGCUGGCUGCACCAGGACCGCUUUCACUGCCGAGGUGCUGGCCCAGUCCUUUGCGGGAGAGGUGCAGAAAUUGUCCAGCCUGGUUCUCCCCAGCGAGGUGAUUAUUGCUCAGAGCUCCAUCCCGGGAGAAGGUCUGGGAAUCUUCUCCAAGACCUGGAUCAAGGCCGGCACCGAGAUGGGCCCCUUCACGGGCAAAGUCCUGUCCCCAGAACAUGUUGACCUGCUCAAGAACAACAACCUAAUGUGGGAGGUGUUUAACGAGGACGGCACUGUGAGGUACUUCAUCGAUGCCAGCCAAGAGGACCAACGCAGCUGGAUGACUUACAUCAAGUGCGCCCGUAAUGAGCAGGAGCAGAACCUGGAGGUUGUCCAGAUCGGCAGCAGCAUCUAUUACAAGGCCGUGGAGACGAUUCCCCCGGACCAGGAACUGCUGGUGUGGUACGGAAACACUCAUAACACAUUCCUGGGCAUCCCUGGAGUGCCGGGAACGGACGAAGAGCAGCAGCAACAGCAGCAGCAGAAAAAGAACAGAAAUGAUGACUCCCUGUCUUGUGAGUCCUCGUGCUCGCCUCCUUCUUCCUCCUCCUCCAACGCCGCUGGCCCCCACACUUCGGGUCGCAUGCGCUGCGUCAUAUGCCACCGCGGCUUCAACUCGCGCAGCAACCUGCGUUCCCACAUGCGCAUCCACACGUUGGACAAGCCGUUUGUUUGCCGCUUCUGCAACCGCCGCUUCAGCCAGUCAUCCACGCUGCGUAACCACGUGCGCCUGCACACAGGCGAGCGGCCCUACAAAUGUCACGUAUGCCAGAGCGCCUAUUCCCAGUUGGCAGGGCUACGCGCGCACCAGAAAAGCGCACGCCACAAGCCGGCCGCGACCGCCGCCGCCGAUGCCGCCGUUCGGGCGUCGCCGCCCCCUCCUCCUCUUCCCGUGGCCAGCCAACAGAUGGCGCCCGUAGUACGCCACCAUCACCAUCACGUGCCGCUGGUGCACCACAUUCCCGCCCUGGUGCUCUGA